CACAGAUGCACAUUUUUUUUUUUAAUUUAUUUAUUGUGAAUCGAGUAAAGGUUGUGUGGAAUUAUUAUUCUUGUUUUAAAAAUCAAUCAAUUUUUUUCCCCAAAAUAAAAUUUACAUAUUUUAUCAAUUCAUCGAAAAUAAUUUCUUUUUCAUUAAAUAUUCAACAAAAUGAGCUCAAAUGAUUGUCAAACAUUUUAUGAUAUUCUUCACAUACAAAAUGAUGCAACAAUCGAUCAGAUUAAAAAAAGUUAUCGUUCAUUAGCAUUGAAAUAUCAUCCAGAUAAAAAUCUGGAUAAUGUUGUUGCAACAACAGCCAUAUUUAAUCGUAUACAAGAAGCAUAUGAUAUACUUUCCGAUCCAGAGAAACGUAAUUGGUAUGAUAAUCAUCGUGAUGUAUUCCAUAAAGAUUUAAUUGAUGUUUCCGAAUAUGAUAUUGAUGAAAAAUAUUUUCAACCAUAUUGUUAUAAUGGUUAUAAUGAUGAUGAUAAUGGUUUCUAUACUGUUUAUCGUAAAUUAUUUGAAGAUAUCAUUGCACAAGAACUUCGUUUCUAUGAUGAUCCAAAUGAUUUUGAAUAUCCACAAUUUGGUGAUUCUAAUAGUGAUCUGAAAUCGGUUAAAUAUUUUUAUGAUAUGUGGCAAAGUUUCAAAACGGCCAUUAGUUUUAAUCAAUUGGAUAAAUAUGAUAUUCGACAGGCACCUAAUCGUCGUUUUGGUCGUUUUAUGGAAAGAGAAAAUGAAAAAAUUCGAGAACAAGCACGUAAACAACGAAAUUUAAAUAUUCAGAAAUUGGCCAAAUGGUUACGUAGUAGAGAUAAAAGAAUGAAAAAAUAUGCUGAACAUUUAGCCGAAAAGAAUCGUGAUAAUAGGAAAAAAUCUGAACAAGAACGGCGUAAAAAAAUCCAAGAAAAUUUAAACAAUAGUAAUAAUUAUGUUGAAACGAAUGGUUUUAAAUUAUCGGAAGAACAAUGGCAAGAAUUGGAAGCAACACUCGAUAAUGAAAUUGAAAAUAAACGACAAAUGAAAAAAGGAAAAAAGAAUAAAACAACAACAAAACGGCCAACAGUUGAUGAUGAUAUUGUAUAUGAUGAAAUGGAAAUCAUUGAAAAGCAAAUAGAAUCCAUCGAUUUAGAAUUACAAUCACAAAAUGAUGGUGUUGAUAACAAUGAUGAUGAUGAUGAUGAUGAUGAUGAAGAUUUACUUUAUGUUUGUGAUGUUUGUAGUAAAAAUUUCAAGAGUUUAAAUUCCUAUAAUAAUCAUUUAAAAUCGAAAAAACAUUUAUACAAUGUACGAAUUUAUGCUCAAAUGGCUGCAAAUGAUAAUCAUGAUUGAUUAGUCAAUUGAAUUUAUUCAAUUUUUUUUCUUGUUAUUAUUA